AUGAUGUCCGAAGUAGCCGAAAAACCGGCCAACUCCAGCCAAACGGCGACCGAAGCCGAAACGCUAGAAUCCUGCGAACAAUUGGACCUCGAAGAAGAGGAGAUUUGCUUCCAAGACAUCGACAUGUUGAUCGACCAAGGCGUCUCGAUCAACGACAUAAAAUGCCUCAAAGACAUCGGUAUAAACACGAUAAAAGGCCUGCAAAUGACCGUACGCAAAAUACUACGCUCGCUGAAAGGCUUCGACGAAGCCAAAAUCGACAAAAUCAUGGAGGCCUGUUGCAAAGUCUCCGUCAACAGCGGAUUCGUAACGGCCCUCGAAGUCAUGGAUCAACGAAAGGAAAUAUUCAAGCUACAAACCGGCAGCUCGAAUCUAGAUAAUUUACUAGGAGGCGGCAUCGAAUCCAUGGCGAUAACGGAAGUAUUCGGCGAGUUCGGUACGGGUAAAACCCAACUAUCCCACACCCUCUGCGUUACGGCCCAAAUACCCGACUCAAACGGUUACCUAGGCGCACAUAAACACAGCCGCCCCCAUCGGCUCAAACCCAUAGCGGAGCGCUUCAACCUCGACCCCACCUCCGUCCUGGAGAACGUCCUCUACGCCAGGGCGUACACCUCCGAGCACCAGUACCAACUGCUCGGCAACAUCGGCGCCAAGCUGCACGAGGAGCCGGGCAUCUUCAAGCUGCUGAUCGUCGACUCGGUGAUGGCGCUGUUCCGCGUCGACUUCAGCGGGCGCGCCGAGCUGGCCGAGCGCCAGCAGAAGCUCGGCAGGACGAUGUCCAAGUUGCAGAAGCUCAGCGAGGAGUUCGGCGUGGCCGUGCUGGUGACCAAUCAGAUCACGAGCGAUUUGGGCGAGGCGGAGGCGGCCAAGCCGGUGGGCGGCAACGUGCUGGCGCAUUCUUCGACCACGAGGGUGGCGUUGAAGAAGGGUAAAGGCAAUAGGAGGGUGGCUUCGGUGUACGAUAGUCCCGAUUUGGAGGAGAGCGAGGCUAGUUUCGCGAUUACUAAAGGGGGGAUAGAUGAUCCCGAGCAUUGA